AACAACCGUUGGUUUGGUUAUUUCUCAGUGUCUUAAAAAACAUGACUGAAUGAAUGUGGCUACUAUCCUAAUCCUGCUACGUGCCUCAAUAACCUCAACCACUAUUUCAUAUAUUCUCUCCUCAAUCCAAUACGCAAUUUCACUUGUUCACUUUCCAUGCUAUUACUCGUUUUCUUUCCAUGUCAAUAGCAGUUUCCUCCUUGGCAAAAAAAUGGAUGAGAAAUUGUGUUAUAGUUCUCAACGCAUUCAUAUGUUACGUUGUUUUUCUCAUCUUUGAUUUUCUAGAUGCUGUUUUAUGCGUUAUCUAUAGAUACCUCGAUGAGCGCAUUGAAGGGGUGGCUUCUCCUUGUUGUUGCUCUAAAUGGGAGAGACAGAAGAACAAGAAGAACAAGAUUAUGAUGAAUGAUGAUGAAGAUGACGGUCUUUCAGAUAGUUUGUAUGAGAGGAAGAACAUGUUUAGAGAAAUGGGUUUGGUUCAAUUUGGGAGGAAAAAGGAAGAUUCUAAUGGAAAAUGUGGUGGAAGGAAAGUGAAUAGUUGGUCUGAUUGUGGGUGUGAGUCUUGUCUUUCAUGGGUCAACGGUGAUGAUGAUGACUAUAAACUUCAUUUUGUUGUUAAGGAACCCUUCAUAGCUAGUGGCGAAAAUUGUAGAGGAGAGCCUUAUGAGAAUGUGAUAUUCUUGCAUGGAUUUAUGUGUUCUUCUUCAUUUUGGACACAGACAGUGUUUCCAUGUUUCUCUGAAAAUGUAAAUCAUAACUACAGAUUGAUUGCCGUAGACCUACUGGGAUUCGGAAAGAGUCCUAAGCCAAGAGAUUGUUUGUACACUUUGAAGGAUCAUGUGGAAAUGAUUGAGAAAUCUGUGAUUCAACCGUUGCAGUUAGGUAGUUUUCAUCUGGUUGCACACUCUAUGGGGAGUGUAAUUGCGUUGGCUUUGGCUGCAAAGUACUCCAAUUGUGUAAAAUCAGUUACCCUUGUUGCACCGCCAUACUCUUCUUCUGACGAAAAUGAUGCUUGUUUGAAAGCACUUGAAAAGUUUGCUGGAAAGAAAUUGUGGCCAAUGUUAUCCGCUGGUUCUUCAUUUAUGUCGUGGUAUGAGCAUUUGGGUCGAACUGUUUGCCUUAUCUAUUGCAGAAAUCACAGGACAUGGGAGAGGAUUCUAAAAUUCAUUACACGAAAGAGGGAUCUAAGUUUCUUGAUCACAGACAUGACUAGACAUACUCAUCAAUCUGCUUGGAAUUCCAUGCAUAAUGUGAUAUGUGGUGGAACAAAAUUCAUGGGUAGUUACUUGAAAAUUUUGACAAAAAGUGGAGUUAGAAUAAAUGUUAUACAAGGUGAUAGAGAUCAAGUUGUCCCUAUGGAGUGCGUGAGUAAGUUAAAGUUAAAGGCUCCAAAUGUUGAAAUUAACAUAAUUCCAAAUGCUGACCAUAGUACUGUGCUAUUAGGAAGAGAGAAGAAAUUUGCACAAAGUUUGGAGCAUACAUGGACCUCAUCUUGUUGAAAAUUUUGGGUAACUAGGAUACAUGAGAUUUUUGGUUUUCUUGAAUUAAGAGAUAUAUGUUGAUUGAGAAAUGAAAUAAAACAAGAAACAUUAUAGCAUAAUCUACGAUAUACCAAAAUGUUUGCAAUAUCAUGCUAGAAUAGAGUAUAUAAUGAAAUGAGAUUGGAUAAUGGAUUUAGUGAUAUAGAAUUAAUAUUUAAUGCUUUCUUUAAGCAGCACACAUACAAAUACU